AUGAACUCGAUUCCUGUUUCCGCAUCCCAGAGAAGGCGCAUCCUUACAACGCUGACUAUUUCUCUGCUGCUAGAUUUGAUCUCUUUCACCUUGAUCCUCCCUCUCUUCCCAUCCGUGCUCAGCUACUAUCACGCAAAAGAGAGCUCACCUACGAGCAUACUCAGCCGAGUGUUUUACUACCUGAAUGUGUACAAGAACUGGUUCUCGAAGCCAAUAGACUCGAGCUAUGACAUUGUCCUACUUGGCGGCGCCUUCGGCUCGCUGUUUUCUUUCUUGCAGGCUGUAGCCUCUCCCAUUAUCGGACGGUUUUCGGACCAGCAUGGCCGGCGCAAAGCUCUGCUGUGUUCCAUGGCUGGCAACAUUUUGAGUGUCGGUCUCUGGGUCGGCGCGACAGACUUUCGGAUAUUCAUUGCGAGCCGCGUCGUUGGUGGACUGAGCGAGGGCAACGUCCAAAUAGCAAAUGCAAUCAUCACAGAUAUCAGUGAUGAGAAGCAACGGGGAUCGGCUAUGGCUCUCGUGGGCGCAUGCUUUAGUCUCGCAUUUAUCUGCGGUCCGGUGCUGGGUGCAACGCUCGCAAAUAUACCCACGACUGCUUCGAACAGGUUUGCUAUGGCUGCUGGUGUCUCCCUUUUUCUGGUCACCCUCGAGACAAUCCAUAUUUACUUUUUUCUCCCGGAGACACACCCACGUCUCAGCCUGCUCCACGAGCCUGUUUCUUCUGCGGCCAAGACAGCCGAUAAUGACAAGACCUGGCCCAAGGAACCCACGAUGGUCAAUGGUGAUGCAUCAAAAGCCUCAGUGAACGGCGACAAGUCGUCUCCAGUUCCUCCUCAGAGCCAAACCAUCAAGCCGAAAAUCCGCAAUGAGCUUGUCUUGAAGUUUGUUCAUCUCUUCUUUCUGCUCCCAUUUUCAGGCCUUGAGUUCUCGCUCCCAUUUCUCACUGCGACGCUAUAUGCCAACCAAAAGUGUACCAUGAGCCCCUCGGCCUUGAAUGGACGUCUUCUUUCCCUUAUGGGCCUCGUUGCUUCUUUGCUCCAGGGUACUAUUGUUCGCCGUCUACCACCGAUCGUGAGCAUACGCCUCGGCGUGGUUGCUUGCACGAUCUCAUUUUUUCUGCUCGCUCACACCUCUUCAAUGAGCGGUGUAUAUGUCGCGGGAACCUUCUUGGCUGUCACCUCAGCAACGGUGGUAACGAGCAUUAAUAGUCUGGGUAGCUUAGGAGCAUCCGAGGGCGACCGUGGUGUUAUUCUCGGCCGUCUACGCAGCUGGGGGCAGGUCGGCAGAGCCGUGGGUCCAUUUCUUUUCUGCUCCCUCUUUUGGUGGGCUGGAAAGGAAGCUGCCUAUAUGACAGGAGGUGUAAUGAUGAUGGGCGUUGUGGGAGCGGUUUUCACUGUGCUUAAGUAG